AUGUCAUGCUCACAUGUUGGUGGCCACUGCUCAGCUGCGACACACUCCACACACGUGAUGAUGGGCCGUGCAACCUCACGCGUCACCCAUCACAUGUCACACUUUCCUCCUCAGCGCACCCUAUCUCAGCAUGAACGACAAUGGCGCAGAACGUCAAGGGAAAGGGAUACACCCAGGUCAGUGAGCGCCACCCAGGACCGUGAACGCCAUGAAAAUGGCCUUGACACAUCGCCCAACGCCAAAACCUCGAAGCAGGAACAGCCAACGCGAAGACUGCCCGCAGCUCCACCAUCGACCCACGAUACGAGAACAUCGACGGCUAGACACAUGAACAAACCAGCUCACCACAAACGACAGGGCAACCACAGAUGGCGAGGAUCGGGCGGGAACCCAGUAGCAUAG